AUGGCGCAGGACAACAUGGCUUUGGUGUUAGCCUGUGGAGAAUUGAAACUGGAAAAACGUCCAGUUCCAGAACUCUGUCCUGGCGAUGUCCUUGUGAAGAUGGGUUUUGUUGGGAUCUGUAGUACAGAUAUCCAUUUCUGGUGUGAAGGAAAAUUUGGGGAUUGGGUCGUGAAGAAACCCCUUGUUCUUGGGCAUGAAGCUGCAGGGACUGUGUGUAAAGUGUCCUGUGGCGUGAACCAUCUCAAAGCAGGUGACAAGGUUGUUAUUGAACCCAUCGUCCCCAGGGAGAAUGAUGAAUAUGUUAGAAUUGGGCGCUACAACCUGUCCCCAACAUGCUUCAUGGCUGGCUUUCCUCCUGAUGAUGGGACUAUGUGCCGAUAUUAUGUCCACAAAGCCAACUACUGUUACAAACUUCCUGAAUGUGUGUGCUUAGAAGAAGGUGCAUUAGUCGAGCCUCUCUGUGUUGCACUUCAUGCCUGUCAAAGAGGACGAGUGAAAGUUGGCCAAAAAGUUUUCAUCUGUGGAGCCGGGCCAAUUGGACUGUUGACUCUACUCGUCUGCAAGGCCAUAGGAGUCACUCUGAUUGUGGUUUGUGAUAUGUGUCAAGAUCGGUUGGAGAAGGCAAAAUGCAUGGGGGCCACUGUUGUCUUGAAGGUCGAUAAAUGUACAUGUCCUAUGGAACUAGCCCAGAAGGUGAAGAACUCUCUCUGUGCCAUGCCAGACAUAUGCCUUGAAUGCACUGGCUCUGAUACCUGUACCCAGGCUGGUGUCUAUGCUGUUAAACCUGGUGGAAUGGUCGUAUUGGUCGGCAUGGGACUGGCUACAGCAAAUGUUCCUGUAACACACGCGACAGUCCGAGAAGUGGAUAUUCGGGGUACCUUUAGAUAUACAAACACGUGGCAUACUGCAAUCGCCCUGCUAGCUUCAAAGAAGGUGGAUGUCAAACCUCUGAUCACGCAUCGUUUCGGACUGGAGCAGGCCCAGGAAGGAUUCGAAUGCGUGAAGAAAGGAGCUGGAAUCAAAGUGGUCAUCAAUUGUGAACAGCAGCAGCAGCAGUGCCCAUCGCUGUGCCCACAGAACCAGUGUGGCCAACAACAAUCACAAUGCCAAACAAGACAGUGUCCCCAGCACAACUUCUUCUGA